UGACCGGCGACAGCCAUCGGCGUUUCCUACGAUCUUGAUGCGUUUCAGCGCUCACACAGAGGUCUGUCUCUCUCUGUCUGUUUCUCUCUCUACGUCCGCCUCUGGUAGCUGCAGCAGCCAACGAUGGUGUUCGUCUUCGCUCCGAACGGCAAGACAAUCUGUCUGCACCUAAACCCUAGCACCGCCACUCUCCACGAUCUCAAGCUAUCCCUCCACUCCAAAUCCCUAAUCCCGCCUUCCCUGCAACGCCUGAUCUUGUCCUCUCCCCUCAGAUUGCUCACCUCACAAGAUUCCCUUCUCCUCUCCGAGCUGGGCGUCGGCCCCAACUCAACCCUUACCCUCCACGUCCCCUUCCUCGGCGGGAUGCAAGCCCCCGGAGUUCCUCCCACUCGCCCCCGCCUCGAAUUCCUCAACUCCAAGCCUCCGCCGAAUUACGUGGCCGGUCUUGGACGUGGUGCCACCGGCUUCACUACCCGGUCUGAUAUUGGUCCUGCACGAGCUGCGCCUGACCUGCCCGAUAGGUCUGCCACCACAAUUGGUGGCGCUGGUGCUCCCUCUACUGGCGCUGGACGUGGCCGAGGGAAGGGCGGUGAGGAGGAGGAGGAUGAUGAGGGAGAUGACAAGGGUUAUGAUGAGAACCAGAAAUUCGAUGAAUUUGAGGGUAAUGAUGUGGGUCUCUUUGCUUCUGCUGAGUAUGAUGAGGACGACAAGGAGGCUGAUGCGGUCUGGGAGGCCAUCGACAAGAGGAUGGACUUGCGAAGAAAAGAUAGGAGGGAGGCGAGGCUGAAGCAGGAAAUUGAGAAGUACCGUGCCUCGAACCCGAAGAUCACAGAGCAGUUUGCAGAUUUGAAGAGGAAGCUUCACACUUUGUCUGCUCAGGAGUGGGACAGCAUCCCCGAGAUUGGGGACUACUCCUUGAGGAACAAGAAGAAGCGGUUCGAGAGUUUUGUCCCGGUGCCUGACACUCUUCUUGAGAAGGCGAGACAAGAGCAGGAGCACGUCACGGCCUUGGACCCCCGAAGCCGAGCUGCUGGUGGAACUGAGACCCCAUGGGCUCAGACCCCUGUCACCGAUUUGACCGCAGUUGGUGAAGGGAGAGGUACUGUGUUAUCGUUGAAGCUUGAUAGGCUGUCUGAUUCUGUUUCAGGGUUAACCGUGGUGGAUCCAAAAGGGUACUUGACUGAUCUGAAGAGCAUGAAGAUCACUAGUGAUGCGGAGAUAUCGGACAUCAAGAAGGCAAGGCUGUUACUGAAGAGUGUUACUCAGACGAACCCGAAACAUCCACCAGGCUGGAUUGCUGCUGCGAGGCUGGAGGAGGUGGCCGGGAAAAUUCAGGCUGCAAGGCAGUUGAUACGGAAGGGAUGUGAGGAGUGCCCUAAGAAUGAAGAUGUGUGGAUCGAGGCUUGCAGGCUUGCAAGCCCUGACGAGGCAAAGGCAGUAAUUGCACGGGGAGUCAAGUCGAUUCCUAAUUCGGUUAAGCUGUGGAUGCAGGCAGCAAAAUUGGAGCAUGGUGAUCUGAACAAGAGCAGGGUGUUGAGGAAGGGGUUGGAGCAUAUUCCCGACUCUGUUAGGCUCUGGAAGGCAGUUGUGGAACUCGCAAAUGAAGAGGAUGCGAGGCUGUUGCUCCACAGGGCCGUGGAGUGCUGCCCUUUACAUGUUGAGUUGUGGCUUGCUCUUGCGAGAUUGGAGACGUAUGAUAAUGCGAAAAAGGUGCUGAACAGGGCGAGGGAGAGAUUGCCCAAAGAGCCUGCUAUAUGGAUCACUGCUGCGAAAUUGGAGGAAGCUAAUGGAAAUACUUCCAUGGUCGGGAAGAUUAUUGAAAGGGGUAUUAGGGCUUUGCAGAGGGAAGGUGUGGUGAUCGAUAGGGAGGCGUGGAUGAAGGAGGCCGAGGCUGCAGAGAGAGCUGGAUCUGUUGCCACGUGCCAGGCUAUUAUCCAUAAUACGAUCGGGAUUGGAGUCGAAGAAGAGGAUAGAAAGAGGACUUGGGUCGCUGAUGCAGAGGAGUGCAAGAAGAGAGGGUCUAUUGAAACUGCGAGAGCUAUUUAUGCUCAUGCUCUGACGGUGUUCUUGACGAAAAAGAGCAUUUGGCUUAAAGCUGCACAGCUUGAGAAGAGCCACGGCACAAGGGAAUCUCUCGAUGCUUUGCUUGUCAAAGCUGUUCAAUACAACCCAAAGGCAGAGGUUCUGUGGCUAAUGGGUGCUAAGGAAAAGUGGCUUGCUGGGGAUGUGCCGGGUGCCCGAGCGAUCCUUCAAGAAGCUUACGCUUCUAUUCCAAAUUCUGAAGAGAUAUGGCUUGCUGCCUUUAAGCUGGAGUUUGAAAACCAUGAGCCUGAGAGAGCGAGGAUGCUUCUCGCCAAGGCGAGAGAGAGAGGAGGGACUGAGAGGGUGUGGAUGAAAUCUGCCAUUGUGGAGAGAGAACUCGGGAAUACCGCCGAGGAGAGGAGAUUGCUCGAUGAGGGCUUGCAGCGAUUCCCCUCUUUCUUCAAGCUGUGGCUGAUGCUUGGGCAGCUAGAAGAGCGAUUUGAUCACUUGGAUAGAGCGAGGGAGGCUUAUGAAUCGGGGCUAAAGCACUGCCCCAACUGCAUACCUCUCUGGCUCUCUCUAGCCAUUCUUGAAGAGAAGACCAAGGGGCUGAGCAAGGCUAGGGCGGUUCUCACGGUGGCCCGGAAGAAAAACCCGCAGACCCCUGAGCUGUGGCUUGCUGCUAUAAGGGCCGAGUGCAGGCAUGGCCAAAGGAAGGAGGCUGAUAACUUGAUGUCGAAGGCGUUGCAGGAGUGCCCUAAGAGCGGCAUUCUGUGGGCUGCAAAAAUCGAGAUGUCCCCACGGAAUGAACGAAAAAGAACGAGUGCAGACGCCCUCAAGAAUUGUGAUAAGGACCCGCAUGUGAUCGCUGCUGUGGCCAAGUUGUUCUGGCAAGAUGGGAAGGCGGAGAAGGCGCGCACGUGGCUCAACAAGGCAGUCACCCUUGCUCCCGAUAUUGGUGACUUCUGGGCCUUGUAUUACAAGCUUGAGCUUCAGUAUGGGUCUGAAGAGACCAAGAGAGAGGUGCUGGAGAGAUGCGUGGCUGCUGAACCGAAGCAUGGAGAGAAGUGGCAGGUGGUCGCCAAAGCCUUGGAGAACUCUCACCAGCCAACUGAAGCCAUCUUGAAGAAGGUUGCCGUCGCGAUCGGUAGAGAAGAGAUUGCUGCCGAGAAUAAUGGAAAGCAUUAGAGAUAUCUUCAAAUCUGAGAACACAUGUAUCAGCCUACUAAGAUUUUCUUAGCUGUAGAGGCAGGACUAUCUCUGAUUGAGAGUCAUUUAUUUUCUUGAAACUUGUAAGCUAUGUAGAUGCUACUUGUGAGUUGUUGAAGCUUUUAGAGUAAGUUUAAUCUUAUUUUUCUAGCUGCCUCUCUAUAUCUUGCUCCUUAUGAUUUUGUGGACAGUGGACUCUGUUCAAUAUUAAUCACAUUAUAUCAAA